CAAGCGUCGAUGGCCAACCAAUCUGCAGUUUUGAACUUUGAGCUUUUGGGUUUUCCAGGAGUCCCAGAUAAAUUUCACAUUCUAAUUUCGAUUACAAUGUUUCUUGUCUACACAAUGGCGCUUAUCUCUAAUGGAACAGUAACACUUUUGAUAAUUCUAAAAGAGAACCUGCACCAAUCGAUGUAUGUUUUUAUCGGGAACCUUGCAAUGUCUGAUCUCCUUUUUGACACAAUAACAAUACCUCAAAUCAUCUCCAAGUAUUGGUUUGGAGCUGGAGAUAUAUCCAUGUCUGGCUGUUUUUUCCAAAUGUUUUGUGUUCAUUUUCUAGGUUCCUUCGAUUCCUUUAUCAUCAUGCUCAUGGCCUUUGAUCGAUAUAUCGCAAUAUGCAAACCACUUCGAUAUUCCUCCAUAAUCACUCAUAGAUCCACUUCUGUUCUGUGCUGGUUUUUCUGGAUAUUAGCUGGACUUGCUUCAUCAAUAAAUAUCAUUGUGGUUGUCCCUCUGCCUUUUUGUGGACCAAACAAGAUCAAUAGCUGUUUCUGUUCUGCUUCUGCCCUCUUUCCCUUGGUGUGUCAAGAUAUCAAAUCUUCACGAGAAAUAUUGUUAGUUAACGCAAUGAUUGUUCUACUUGCACCACUAACGUUCAUCAUCCUUUCCUAUAUUUUUAUAAUUAAGUCAAUUAACUCAUCAGUCCACUUUGAGAACUGGCAAAAGGUAUUUUACACAUGUACGACACACUUACUCAUCAUUGCGUUGUACUAUGCCCCUCGAGUAUUUGUAUACUUUGCAAACUAUGUUCGUUUAAUCCUUAAUGCUGAUUUAAAUGUGUUAAUUCUGUGCCUGUACUCAUAUUUACCACAUAUAGCUAACCCCAUCAUAUACGGCCUUAGAACAGAGGAAAUUAAGCGGACAAUAGCUAAAGUUUUUAGAUAG